UCCCCGGGCUCGCCCAGCUGUGCCCGGCUCCCUCAUGCGGUGCUCGGUGGGCUCCCAGUUGCACACACCGGAGUGUCUGUCAGUGUGUGUGUGUCUGUCCGCGGCAUGCAGCCGCCCCGGAGCCCCUUCUACUGAGCGCCCCACACAGCCCGCCACUACCCGGCUCUUCCCGGAGCCUCCUGCUGCUCUUUGCCCUCCUUCUCUACAAGAACCCUCUGGGGAUGGAAGUUACGGGGCACUGAGUGCCAUGGCAGAGGGACUGGACGGAGGUUGUGAUCUGUGCCCGGAACAUGGCCGGGGCAGGGAACGGAGGAGCGGGGUCACCGAGCUCAGCCUUAUGGAAGCUGCCAAGGCGGCACCCCGGAGGAGCAGCAUCAUCAAGGAUCCUGCAAAUCAAAAGCCUGGCAGAAAGAAAACCGUAUCAUUCAGUAGCAUGCCAUCAGAGAAGAAAAUAAGCGGCGCCAGUGACUGUAUUGGCUUCAUGCAAGGGGGUUGUGAACUGAAGAAGGUCCGUCCAAACUCUCGCAUCUAUAGUCGGUUCUUCACACUGGAUACUGAUUUGCAGGCCUUGCGCUGGGAGCCAUCAAAAAAAGAUCCUGAAAAGGCUAAGUUGGAUAUCUGUGCCAUCAAAGAAAUACGGCUUGGCAAGAACACUGAAACAUUCAGGAAUAAUGGGCUAGCUGACCAAAUUUGUGAGGACAGUGCUUUCUCAAUAAUCCAUGGAGAGAACUAUGAAUCAUUGGAUUUAGUGGCAAAUUCAGCUGAUGUGGCCAACAUUUGGGUGUCGGGUCUCAGAUAUUUGGUCUCUCACAGUAAGCAGCCACUGGACUUGGUAGAAGGUGGUCAGAACACCCCAAGGUUUACAUGGCUAAAGUCUGUUUUUGAGGCUGCCGAUGUUGAUGGAAAUGGAAUUAUGUUGGAAGAUACAGCAGUUGAGCUGAUUAAACAACUUUCCCCUGCUAUCAAAGAAGCAAAGGUUAGAUUAAAGUUUAAGGAAAUCCAAAAGAGUAAAGAAAAGCUUACCACCAGAGUGACCAAAGAAGAAUUCUAUGAAGCCUUUAGUGACCUUUGCACAAGGCCAGAAGUAUAUUUUUUACUGGUUCAGAUUUCAAAAAACAAAGAAUAUUUAGAUGCAAAUGAUUUGUUGUUAUUUUUGGAAUCUGAACAAGGCAUGACUCAGGUGACGGAACAAAUGUGUUUGGAUAUAAUACAAAAGUAUGAACUAACUCAGGAAGGUCGAGCAAAGGGGUUUGUUACCAUUGAUGGAUUUACCAAGUAUCUACUGUCCCCAGAAUGUGAUCUAUUUGAUCCAGUCCACAAAAAGGUUAACCAGGACAUGACACAACCACUAUCGCACUACUAUAUUAACUCCUCACACAAUACAUACUUAAUUGAGGACCAAUUUAGAGGUCCAGCAGAUAUAAAUGGCUAUGUGAGGGCUCUUAAAAUGGCAUGUAGAAGCAUUGAACUGGAUGUCAGUGAUGGACCAGAUAACGAGCCCAUCAUCUGCAAUCGAAACAGUAUGACUUCACCACUGGCCUUUCGUAAUGUCAUAGAGGUUGUAAACAAAUAUGCCUUCAUCUCCUCGGAGUACCCUCUUAUUCUUUGCAUUGGAAACCACUGCUCAAUACAGCAGCAAAAGGUCAUGGUGCAAUAUAUGAAGAAAAUCUUUGGAAGCAAACUGUACACUGAAAUGCAUAUGCCAGCAGAGUCUUAUCUUCCAUCUCCUGAUAAGUUAAAGAAGAAAAUUAUUGUAAAAGGCAAGAAGUUGCCUUUAGAUUUUGACCUCUUGGAAGGAGAAGUGACAGAUGAAGAUGAGGAAGCUGAAAUGUCCCGGAGAAUGUCAGAGGAUUACUUUGGUGAACAGAGACUGAUCAAGCUUUGUAGAGAGCUGUCUGAUUUAGUAUCUAUUUGUAAAUCAGUGCAAUACAAAGAUUUUGAUGUCUCUAUGAAAAGCCAAAGCUAUGGAGAAAUCUGCUCAUUUAGUGAGAGUCAGGCUAGUAGGAUUGCUAAUGAGUAUCCAGAAGACUUUGUAAACUAUAAUAAAAAGUUUUUAUCUAGGGUGUAUCCAAGUCCAAUGCGGAUAGAUUCAAGUAAUAUGAACCCACAGGAUUUGUGGAACUGCGGUUGUCAGAUUGUUGCUAUGAACUAUCAGACCCCAGGCCCAAUGAUGGAUCUCAGUAUUGGCUGGUUUCUUCAAAAUGGUGGGUGUGGUUAUGUCCUUCGACCAUCCGUUAUGCGAGAUGAAGUAUCGUAUUUCAGUGCAAACACCAAAGGUGUUGUGCCUGGAGUAUCCCCUCAGGUUCUCCACAUCAAAGUCAUCAGUGGACAAAGCUUUCCAAAGCCAAAAGGUGCAUGUGCAAAAGGUGAUGUGAUUGACCCAUAUGUUUGCAUUGAAAUUCAUGGAAUUCCAGCAGACUGUGCUGAACAAAGGACUAAAACAGUGCAGCAAAAUGGGGACAAUCCAAUUUUUGAUGAGAGUUUUGAAUUCCAGAUAAACCUUCCAGAGUUAGCGAUGGUGCGUUUCAUGGUUCUUGAUGAUGACUACAUUGGAGAUGAAUUUAUUGGUCAGUACACUGUACCCAUUGAGUGCUUACAGCCAGGAUACAGACAUGUGCCCCUGCGAUCUUUUGUUGGAGACACAAUGGAACACGCUAAACUGUUUGUUCAUAUUGCAAUUACAAACAGGGGAGGAGGAGGAAAAGCUCAAAAGCGAGGUUUGUCUGCCAGGAUAGGGAAGAAAGCCAGAGAGUACACAAUGCUAAGGAACACUGGUCUUAAAACUGUAGAUGACAUCUUCAAACUUGCUGUUCAUCCGCUGCGAGAGGCCACUGAUGUUAAGGAAAACAUGCAGAAUGCUUUGGUUUCCUUAAAGGAACUCUGUGGUCUUCCCACCAGCUCUACCCUCAAGCAGUGCAUGCUUUCCCUAGCAUCGCGUCUAGUGAAUAGUGACAACACACCGACAGUAAACCUCGCUAUGAAAGACACGUACCCCAAUUUGGAGCCUAUAGGAACUAUACCUGAAGUUCAGAAGAAACUGCUCAAUACCUAUGAUACGAUGAUCCAAGAGAGCAAGUCUCUGAUUGAGUCAGCAGAUAUUAUACAUGACAAGAUACAGCAGUGUCAGAAAACAGGAAUGGAAUUUCAUGAAGACUUGCAUAGUCUGGGGACAAAAGAAGGACUGAAAGGACGGAAACUAAGUAAAGCAAUAGAAAGCUUUGCCUGGAACAUCACUGUAUUAAAGGGCCAAGGGGAUCUACUGAAGAAUGCCAAAAAUGAAGCCAUGGAGAACAUGAGGCAGAUACAACAGGCUUGUCUGUCCAGUGGUCUAUGUAAAGCUCCAACUACUGCAACUGAUGCAAAAUCUAAACGGGGCCUAGAGGCAAUACAAGAAAAGGAUACAGGAGAGGAAAAUGGUCGUUUGUGAUGUGCAAAACUUGCCAUGGCACCUAGCCUUUUAGGGUUGCUUUUUCAGAUCUGCAGGAGUAAUAUAUACAGUAUCAAUGCAUAUAUUGACUUUAAGGCAAAACAUUCAGUAUCUAAACAUAAUAUACAGUAAUGAUAUUAAUUUUUAUAGUGUUUUAAUUUAACCAGCAACAUUUUUCCUAUUGUUACAUUUUAAUUUAACCAUCAAAAUUGUACCCACCUUUUAAUCAGUCAUGUUAAAAAUAACAGUGUGUGAAGAAAAUGUGGACCAUUUACUGCUGAUCACAAAUGUUUGUCCCUUUAUGUAAUAAGAUGUAAAACGCCAAAUAAUCCCAA